AUGGUGAUAGAAAAAGUGCACGGUUUGCAAGCUACCAGUUUGUCACUAAAUGAUCGAUUUACUUUACUUGCGUCAACGGUACCUAUGACUCGCGUAACAAGACCUCGAAGGCGUUCUUCAGGAUUUUUUUCACAAGGACAAAACAUAAAUAAUCGAGCUCUGAUAGAUCAAAUUGCUCAACAUUUUGGUCAGCAUGCUAGGAAGCAAGCAGUCAGACAGCGUCUUGGUAUACCAGGAUUGAGGCGCUUUGGCAGUGAAGGAAGCUUGGCAGGACUUAGACGUUCCAAUAGUUUUAGCAAUUUAAGUCAAAGCAAUGUUAAAAAAAGAACUUCUUGGAGACAAUCUAAUGGAAAUCUUAGUCGUUCAGCGUCAUUCAACAAUGUGUCACAAGGUGUGUGGCGAGGACGCGGCUUCAGACGCCGGGGAGGGCGUAUGGGGCUGGUGAGAGGAAGGAUGAGAGGGCGCAAUGUGGGCGGUCGUCAACAAAUAGUAGGUAGACUGAGAGGACAGCAACGUGGCAAAAGACGCAUCAUGGGCCAGGGACAAGCAGUCAGGGGGCCGAGGGGCAGAGGGGGAAUGAGGGGCAGGGGACGAGGGAGGGGUGGCAUCACAAGACAGCAAAAGAAUGUUCCAACCAAAGAAGAACUAGAUUUGCAAUUAGAUCAGUACAUGGCAAGUACCAAGACAGCCCUAGAUAAGGAGUUGGACAGCUACAUGAAGAAUGCAAUGGAUAUGGAG